AUGCGUCGAGCACAUGCGAGCAUUUGGAUGUCGGACGUACAUACUGACGCGAAAGAGAAUCGACUCAAGUGGGAUCCAAAGGCUGGCGUUGACAUGUUCGUGGGCUACGAAGAAGCGUUGAAGUCGUAUCAAGUUUAUGACGUUGACGCGGGGAAGGUGGUUGUCAGUCGUGAUGUCAACUUUGACGAAUCCACCUUUGGACUUCCACCACCGAUCACUGAUGAAGGUGCCGAUGACCUGGACUUCAAAUUACUCAAUGAUGAAGAGCCGCGUCAGGUAGAGUACAAGCAAACAGGCAAGCGCAAGAGCCGCCUCGAUGAUGAAGAUGCAGCUGCUCAACGACUGCGUGCAUAG